AUGAUCCGAUCUGUUCUGCCUGUCCUCGACAGAAAUUCGAAUGCGGACUCACUGGUUCCAAUGAAUUCCCGGGAAGCGCCAGUUGUCCUGGGCAGACCGAGUAAAACGUCCUCGGAUCGCACGGGUGCAUCCUACCCCAACCGGAAUGGAAAUCAUACGGAUUAUGUGAUGAUGGACGGAAUCAAUUCACGAUCCGAUUCAACUAAUGCCCGGCAUGAACGGGAGGAUGAUGAUGAUGACAGCUCGUUCGAUCGUACCACUUCCACAUUGGUCACAAGAGCUGGGUCUAUGGAUCAUUUUGCCACUGUGCCUCGUUUGACAACCACAUUGAAGAAAACAAUGACAGUUCGUGCUCUGUUUGAUUACGAUCCUCUGGCUGAUACGGGUCUUCCAAGUCGAGUGAGUUGUAUUGUGUGUAUGUGCGAUUCCUUUCGUAAAUGA